GGUGAAAUUUGGUGUCAUGUAACUGCACCAUGACUAACAUGUUUCCACUAUGCUCCUGACAGCAUCAAAUGUUUCCCAACUUCUGGCAAUUUUGGGUUUUUACAGCUUCCUAAAUCUGUUGGCAAACCUCAUAUUACAACCUCCCGUGAUUUAUUUGGAAAAUCUGUUUAAUCCCAUCAGCCCAACCAACGCACCAACCCCGACGAGAUGAUGUUAAACUACUUAUUCAUGGAAAUGUCCAUUGACUUGAAAGGCUAUCUGAAUCUUGAUUAAAAUCUCCCUAUGGACGAGGUAAUGACGGACCCAGGCCCUGUGGUGCCUUUCAAUGACCUCAAAACCGAACCAGACCCAAUAUUGACCUACCAGAAUAAAUACGACGAUCCCGCUCACGUCAUUGUCUUGGACAAUGGCUCAUACCAAUGUCGAGUGGGUUGGGAUGAUGGUGAGCAUCCUGCUUUGAUCUACAAGAACAUCAUGGCCCGAACUCGGAAGGAGAAAGGCAAGGAAUCCGAAUUGUGGGUGGCCAACGAUAUCCUCAAUAUCGAGGCCGUGCGGUUCAAUUUGAAGACGCCCUUUGACCGCAAUGUGGUCACGCAAUAUGAGACGCAGGAGGUCUUGUUGGACUAUGCCUUCCACCAUUUGGGCAUUCAAAGCGCCGAGGGCGUGGCCCAUCCCAUUCUCAUGACGGAACCCGUGGGCAAUCCCAAUAAAUGUCGAGAAAUGAUGAAUGAGUUGCUGUUUGAAUGCUACAACAUCCCCCAGAUCGCCUAUGGAGUGGACUCUCUGUUCAGUUUCCACAAGAAUGCUCAGACUCGAGGUUGGCCGGAAACGGCCUUGAUGAUUGGCGGAGGUUUCCAUACCAUCCAUUUCAUUCCCCUCAUUAAAGGUCAAAUAUCGUGGUCGGGGGUCCGCCGAUUGAACAUUGGCGGGUUUCACUUGACCAACUUCCUUCAUAGGGGAUUGCAGCUCAAGUACUCGGCUCAUGUCAAUAACGUCACGAUCAGCCGCAGUGAGGAGAUCCUUCAAAACCAAUGUCAUCUGGUAAACGAAUAUUUACCUGAGCUUCGAAAAUGGUCGGAUCCAAAUUACUAUGAGCAAAAUGUGCGCCGAAUGCAACUUCCAUUCGUUCCAAAUGCUCGACCCCCUCCAGUUGAUCCUGAAGUCCUCAAAGCUCGACGUCAAGAACUAGCCAAGCGAUUGGUGGAAAUGAACCAAAAAAAACGGAGCGAAAAACUUCAAGCCGACCUUAUUCUUAUGAAAUCAUUGAAAACGGCCAAGACUUUGCAUGAGCAAGGUUACGAUGAAAAGGUCCGUCAGAUUUUAGCUCGGUUUGAGAUCUCUGUGAAAAAUCCGAAAACUGAUUUGGACCAAAUUAUGGAAGGGGUCAAGGUUCGGAUUGACAAAGCUAGAGCAGCCUUGACCAAGAAGCCCGAGGUUGAGAAAGAGGAGCCAGAGGUCAAGAAACGUCGGGAGAAUAUGAAUGAAACCGAGAGGAAUGAGUUCGACCAUUGGAUGAACACGAUCAAGGAGCAAAGAGAGAAUCUCAUUGAAAAACGGGCUGCCCGAAAGCAUAAAAAGGAUCAAUUGGCCAAACGUCGAACUGCGGCCUCUCAAGAGAGAAUGCGGAUCAUUUCUCAAUUGGCCAAGCAUUCCAAAAAGGAUGACGAUUUUGGUGUCAAUGACGACGAUUGGGACGUUUACAAGAAGAUCAGCAAGGAUGCUGGAGAUUCUGAUUCUGAGGAGGAACAAGAGAAGUUACUGGAAUACGAAAAUGUCCUGAAGGAGAACGAUCCCGAUUUUGUUUUGGAUGGGGACAAUGAAGUCUCCCAUGACUCCAAAGAAUGGUAUCAACUCCACAUUGCCACCGAGAGAAUACGGAUUCCCGAAGUCCUUUUUCAACCGUCAAUCAUUGGCCAUGACCAAGCCGGGAUCUCGGAGACCCUGGAGUUCAUUCUCACCAAAUACGACGCUCAAACCCAAUCCGAAUUAGUAGCCAAUGUGUUCUUAACCGGUUCUCUCAUGCAAAUCCCCGGCUUCAAAUCUCGACUCGAGACGGAUUUGAGGGAAAUGCGGCCUUUUCAAUCGGCCUUUGAAGUUCGAGUGGCCGACCAUCCGGCAUUCGAUGCCUGGACAGGAGCAGCAAAGUUCGUUCAAGAUCAUAAGAAAAGUGGCACAAUGGAUCAAGUGUUCAUGAGCAAAGCCGAGUACCAAGAAAAUGGAACCGAAUACUUCAAAUGCCAUUCGUGUUCCAAUGCGUUUACCAAAACCCCUGACGAGAUCUUCGCCGAACAACCCACUUAGUUAUGUUUACUGUGUCCUUGAUUUUUGGUUUUAAAUUUAAUAAAAGUUCAAGUCGAGGGAUUGCUUGCGUUAAUCUCUUUCAAGAUGUAUUUAUUUGCUCAGAAAGAGAUGGGAUUGUUAACUGGUCAGCUAACUUCAACUUAACAUUGCGGCUAAGUGACGCUAAGAAUCUGGGAGUGGUAUACUCCAAAACGGAGAAAGUUGUCACCUGCCCAAACUGGUUUCCUUGGUUUGCACAGUUAGUUGAAGCUCUGAAAUCAUGUUAUUCGGUCUCAUGCUAGUGGUAUGUUGCUGGUUUUCACGGGGUUUGUGUGACCUCGAACCAUCCUGGAUACCUUUGGAAAGCAAUGUGAUCGUUGGAUUGAGAGGUGUGGCCGCUUUCAGUGACGAUGUGGCUUGGGCCAGUGGAUCAAGUGGGACAGUUCUUCGGACUGUCAAUGGAGGCGACACGUGGGAGAAACUUCCAAGUCCUCCUGGAGCUGAAAACGCAGACUUUCGGGAUAUUGAGGUCGGUCCUGAUGGCGAAUCAGCAAUUGUGAUGGCUGCCGGCAAUCCUGCCGUGUUCUACUUGUUUAGAGAUUCAAAAUGGGAGCAGAUAUUUUACCAGAAUACAAGUGGAACCUUCUUUGACGCUUUUGACUUCUGGACCAAUCCCAGUGAGGAUUACCAGCAUAAUGGAUUUGCAUUUGGUGAUCCUGUCAAUGGAAAAUUGCAAUUCUUGACUUCCAAACAAUUUGGCGGCGAAUGGGAAAAAUGGGAUGUCAACGUUGAUGUGGGACCAGACAUUGGCGGAUUUGCAGCAAGUGGAACCUGCCUUAGGACGGUGGAUCCCGAUUCCGUUUUUAUUGGGUUAGGAAACAGUAAGGCGUUAAUCCUAGCCUCUCACGAUCGUGGAACAACAUGGACAUUGGUGGAAACCGGAAUUCAGCAUGGGACAGACCGAUCUGGCGUGUUUUCAAUGGACUUCCUUGAUCCUCUCCAUGGAAUUGCAGUGGGUGGAGACUUUAACGGAGCCCUGUUUACCACAGAAGAGAAUGCGGCUAUAACUGAAGAUGGAGGAAUCACUUGGGAUCUUUUGGAUCCCGAAAUCAACCCUAGAGGAUAUCGAUCUUCCGUUGCAUACGUGGGAAAAAAUCUGGUAAUUGCUUGCGGAAAAGAAGGGUGCGACAACGCCAAUGCCUCGGAUUACGUUUUCAAGCCCAUGAUUGGAGAAGGUUACUACUCAGUAUCGGCGAGUCCAUCUGGCAACACUGCAUACGCCUCGGGCCCAGACGGCCGAUUAGCUCGUUUAAGUUUGGCGUAACCCAUUGAAUACAAAUUUAUUGUAUUGUU